AUGUCUGGUUCGUCAUCUAUCAGAAGGCCUGUUGUGGCACCUAGCGGUUCCUACGCCUCGGUCGUUGCUGGUCAAGCUCAACCUCGCCUCUAUUCCGACGGGAUCACUCACAACGGGACCGGGGUACAUCCUCGGUAUCUAUCAAAUCUUAACUUUACAGGCUCGAACGGUUACACUUCAGGCCCGCAGCAACACAGUAUUCGACAGCCUAUUACGGUUCCUAGCUAUCUUGCGGAGUCAAGUUACGCUGAACGACUAGCAUCCUCAACUGCCGUGUUUAAUCCGAUUCCUACGCCACCUCCAUCUUUGACCAUAUCCGGAAAGCUACCACAAACACAUCGGGGGCUAGCAUACGAUAUCAUUGAGAACGUCCCUGGAGACGAGGAGGCCCUGACAACAUUACCGACUCGCUGGAAUGAGAGCGACAAGUGCCCUGGGAUAGAUUUGUUGAAUGAUGGGUUGGAGGUGAAGUUUGUUGGUCCACAAAAAGUGAGUGACAACGAUGCAGCUGCUGUCCGGGCAGAUCAGUUUAUGCCGCCUCAAUGUGGUAUAUUCUAUUAUGAGAUCACGGUUGUCUCUAAAGGGAAGGAAGGAUUGAUCGGUGUUGGGUUCUGCACUAAAAAGGUUCCUCUUAAUCGAUUACCGGGCUGGGAACCGGAGUCAUGGGGGUACCAUGGCGACGACGGGAACUCAUUCUGUUGUCAAGGAACUGGAAAGCAGUAUGGUCCUCAAUUCUCAACAAAUGACGUUAUUGGGUGUGGCGUGAACUUUCGGACCGGAACUGCGUUCUUCACUAAGAACGGCCUUUUCCUAAAAACUGCUUUCCGGGACAUCAAGAGCACAAAACUAUAUCCGGCCGUAGGAAUGAAACGACCCGGGGAGCACAUUAGAGUCAACUUUGGGCAGGAGAGGUUCGUUUUUGAUAUUGAUGGUUAUAUGAACGAAGAGAAAGCCAUGGUAUAUAACGAGAUUAACAGCUACCCAACGGUUGGACUUUGCCCAGUAAUGGAUGAAGCGGCAUUAAUUCAAGCUCUGGUAGCGCAAUAUCUAGCACAUGACGGAUAUGUCGACACCGCUAGAGCAUUCUCAGCUGAUGUUCAGAACGAAGCACGAGCACUUGUGAGUGGGCGGGAAGAAAACACGAAAACUUUGGAGCUGAAAGAAGAUGGAGAUGCGAUCAACCGCCAAAGGAUUCGCAGCGCGAUCCUUGAUGGUGAUGUGGAUCAUGCGCUCAAAUUCACCAAACAAUAUUACCCAAGCGUCUUCAAAAACAACGAACAAAUCUACUUCCGACUACGCUGCCGAAAAUUGGUGGAGAUGAUCAGACAGUUUGCAGAAACUGUACAUGAACCCCCAAUGCGCAAUGGACACGACGAAACGAUGGUUGAUGUUUUUGCGCAGGACAUGGAGAUCGAUGAUUCGGCAAAUUCCGCGGCGGAAUGGGAGAAAAUGGAUGUUGAGGACGAGUAUGGGAGUGUAGGGCCUGGUACAGGUGGACAAGUGAAAAGUGCUCUCGACGCCGCAGUUGAGUAUGGUCGACAAUUGAGACUUGAUUUCCAGACGGAUACCAGACCAGAAAUCAGAAAGGCGUUGGAGGAAGCAUUCAGCCUAUUGGCGUAUACAGAUCCAAAGAACUCUGUCCUUGCGCAUUUGUUGGACGAAAAGGGCCGUAUAUCGGUUGCGGAGGAACUCAAUUCAGCUAUUCUAGUCUCACUCGGUAAAUCUCCAGCAGCCGCAUUGGAAAGACUUGUUCAACAAUCUACAGUCUUGAUCAAUGAAAUUAGUGAGGAUGGGGGUCCUGGGGCGUUUGUUAAUCUUAGUAACGAUUACCUGAAAGGUUAA